AGGACGAUGAGUGGGCACAGCCCGCCCCUUAUAUAAUGCUCCUCCUUUUUUCUCUGUUUUUAAUUCCAUUUUUUUCUUUCAUUUUCAUCUUUCCCGGGUAGCUGCGUUUUCGCCGUGGACGCCGCAUGCGGUGAGCAUUCCGGCGAGGGAAUCUUCCUUCGGGGGUGAUUUUGGGGAGGUUUCCCGGUCCGUAAGAUGACGUCCGGGGACAACUCCGUGUGGCUCCCCGAGUACGGGCUCAUAGAUAUGGACGAUGUGGGGGAUUUUGGGGGGGAUUUUCCGGCGACCGGGGCAACGGCGGCGUCCGGGUUCUACCCUCCGGUCGGUGAGGUUCCAGAGAUCAGUGCGGAAAUGAGUGGUUCAUUUGACGAGCCUGAUGGCAAUGGGAAGUUGUGCUCACAGAAACGUGGUAGACCUGAAUUUUGCAUUGGACAUGGCUCCAAGGCAGUCAGGGAGAAGAUGCGGAGGGAUAAACUGAAUGACAGGUUUGUGGAGUUGAGUGCCUUACUGGAACCGGGAAAGAAGCCUAAGACUGACAAAGCAUCCAUUUUGUGUGAUGCUAUCCGUCUCAUGAAUCAGUUGCGAAGUGAAGCAGACAAGCUAAAAACUGAAAAUGGGCAACUUGAGGAGAACAUCAAAGAGUUGAAGGCUGAGAAGAAUGAACUGCGGGAGGAAAAGGUGAAACUAAAAGCUGACAAAGAAAGACUGGAGCAGCAGAUGAAAGCAAUGAUGAUACCUGGAGGGUUUCUACCUCAUGCUGGUGCACUUCAGGCUGCAUUUGCUACUCAGGCCCAACUUCCUGGGCCUAAGCCCAUGCCAUUUAUAGGUUACCCAGGUUUGCCCAUGUGGCAGUUCCUGCCGCCUGCACUUAUUGAUUCAUCGAAGGAUCCUACAGGUGUUUCACCAGGUGCUUAGGUUACAGUCUCAACUGACUAUCAAAUUGUCGUAACUUUCAUUUGUCAUGCUACUCUAGCGUCCUGUAUUGUAUUUCAGUUGUUCUUGGAGUUGCUUCCGGUACAAUGAGACUGUUAAUAUAUACUCUUAUCGCUGAAAUGUCUUUGGCUUAGCUUGCCACUAAUCUUCUGUAAACGAGGAAGUAUGUGCCAAACGUUUUCUUACUCUGCUGUAUGACAAUCUUUAAAUGAGCUUUCUCCA